UUAUAUUAGUGCAGAACACUGUACCUUUAAUUUAAAUGCCUUUGGAGUCUGCUGGGGAAGAGAAAUAAUACUGUCAGUCAGUAUGACAUGCAGAUGAGUGCCGUCGAUCUUAGAAUCACCGCACACUUCACUCAUUUGGGCAGUCACGGGGCCAAAACCAGAGUGUGGAGCCACAGUUGUGGCGGUGGAGGCAGCAGCAAUGGGAGGCCAUACAGCACCCUAUGACAAAAUGGAACCCACCAGCAGUGUGAGGAGACCUGAAAGUGGCACAUGGCAGAGUGUGGCGAUGGAGACAGCAGCAAUGGGAGGCCGUACAGGGACCCAUGACACACUCUGGACCUGGCAGCAGCAUGAGGAGGCGGUACAGGGGCCCAUGACAGAUUACGGGCCUGGCAGCAGCAUGAGGAGUCGGUACGGGGGCCCAUGGCAGAUUACGGGCCUUAACUGGCUGAUAGAGGGCGAUUGACGUCGGGCCACCGAAUGGCGACGCUGCAUAUGCUGCCGCAACGCUGUAGUCCCAACAUGGGCCC